UCCCACACAGCACUCACAGCUCGGCAUCUUGUGGCUUCUUUUCCUGUUGUAUAGCUCUUCCUGCAGUCCACUGUUCAUUUCUCCUGAGCUUUGUUUUCCAAUAUUUAGUGUUCCUGAUGAACAUCUCAGGUGAUCUUUCAUGAACAGAAAAAUGAAAUCAGCAGUGAAACUUGUCAUCAUUUAUUCUCUAUUUCAAGGUGUUUUGUGUAGAGAAUUCUCCAUCAGUCUACCAGAGAGUGUAGAAGCUGUGAGAGGACUCUGUGUUCUCAUACCCUGCAGUUUUGAGAUUAAUGAACAAUUUGAUGGAGACCUCCAGAAAGAUCCUACAGGAAUCUGGUUAAAAGACGGCACUCAUGCUGACAAUAACAGAGUCUUUAACUCUAAAGAAACUGAAGAGAACAAGAUUGAAGGGAAACUUAUAGGAGACCUCCGCAUGAAGAACUGCACCACCGUCUUCUACAACAUCAGACAGAGUGACCGUGGAGUUUAUUACUUUAGAUUAGUAACUUCAGGAAGACUGAAACACACUUAUCCUUCUCCAUCAGUGUCUGUAAGAGUGGGAGACUCUCCAAUCACACCCUCAAUAACACUGUAUAAGGAGGAUCAGGGGGAGGUGGAGGACCAAAAUGAGGUGGUGGAGGGAACUUCAGUGAGUCUCAUUUGCUCUGCUCCAGCUCCUCCAUGUCUCUUAAAGCCACCCACUUUUACAUGGAACUUCCUGCCUGAGGAGAGAAGACAGGAGCAGAACCACAACACCAGCUUCAGCUCCUCUCAGCUGAACUUCAACGCUACUCACCUUCAUCAUGGAUUCACUUUCACCUGCACUGCCACCUACCAGCUCCAGAACAAGAUCACCAAAUCAGGAGAGAGCUCUUCUAUACUACAUGUUCUGUAUGGUCCUAGAAACACAUCAGUAUCAGCGUCUCCAUCUGCUUCAGUGCUUUUGGGCAGUUCAGUGUCUCUGAGAUGCAGCAGUGAUGCAAACCCAGCAGUGCUGAACUACACCUGGUACAGAGAGAAUGGAGAGCAGAUAGGAACCGGAAACCAUCUCACCAUCAACACCACUGAUUCUACACACAGUGGUCUAUACUACUGUAGAGCUCAAAACCAGCACGGAAAUCACACCUCAUCUGUCCUCCUGGAUGUUCAGUACUCUCCAAUCAGCCCCUCAAUAACACUGUAUAAGGAGGAUCGGGGGAAGGUGGAGGACCAAAAUGAGGUGCUGGAGGGAACUUUAGUGAGUCUCAUUUGCUCUGCUCCAACUCCUCCAUGUCUCUUAAAGCCACCCACUUUUACAUGGAACUUCCUGCCUGAGGAGAGAAGACAGGAGCAGAACCACAACACCAGCUUCAGCUCCUCUCAGCUGAACUUCACCGCUACUCACCUUCAUCAUGGACUCAAUUUCACCUGCACUGCCACCUACCAGCUCCAGAACAGGAACAAAUCAGCACAGAGCACUUUUAUACUACAUGUUAUGUAUGGUCCUAGAAACACGUCAGUAUCAGCAUCUCCAUCUGCUUCAGUGCUUUUGGGCAGUUCAGUGUCUCUGAGAUGCAGCAGUGAUGCAAACCCAGCAGUGCUGAACUACACCUGGUACAGAGAGAACGGAGAGCAGAUAGGAACCGGAAACCAUCUCACCAUCAACACCACUGAUUCUACACACAGUGGUCUAUACUACUGUAGAGCUCAAAACCAGCACGGAGAUCACACCUCAUCUGUCCUCCUGGAUGUUCUGUACUCUCCAAUCAGCCCCUCAAUAACACUGUAUAAGGAGGAUCAGGGGAAGGUGGAGGACCAAAAUGAGGUGCUGGAGGGAACUUUAGUGAGUCUCAUUUGCUCUGCUCCAACUCCUCCAUAUCUCUUAAAGCCACCCACUUUUACAUGGAACUUCUUGCCUGAGGAGAGAAGACAGGAGCAGAACCACAACACCAGCUUCAGCUCCUCUCAGCUGAACUUCAACGCUACUCACCUUCAUCAUGGACUCAAUUUCACCUGCACUGCCACCUACCAGCUCCAGAACAGGAACAAAUCAGCACAGAGCACUUUUAUACUACAUGUUAUGUAUGGUCCUAGAAACACGUCAGUAUCAGCAUCUCCAUCUGCUUCAGUGCUUUUGGGCAGUUCAGUGUCUCUGAGAUGCAGCAGUGAUGCAAACCCAGCAGUGCUGAACUACACCUGGUACAGAGAGAACGGAGAGCAGAUAGGAACCGGAAACCAUCUCACCAUCAACACCACUGAUUCUACACACAGUGGUCUAUACUACUGUAGAGCUCAAAACCAGCACGGAGAUCACACCUCAUCUGUCCUCCUGGAUGUUCUGUACUCUCCAAUCAGCCCCUCAAUAACACUGUAUAAGGAGGAUCAGGGGAAGGUGGAGGACCAAAAUGAGGUGCUGGAGGGAACUUUAGUGAGUCUCAUUUGCUCUGCUCCAACUCCUCCAUGUCUCUUAAAGCCACCCACUUUUACAUGGAACUUCUUGCCUGAGGAGAGAAGACAGGAGCAGAACCACAACACCAGCUUCAGCUCCUCUCAGCUGAACUUCAACGCUACUCACCUUCAUCAUGGACUCAAUUUCACCUGCACUGCCACCUACCAGCUCCAGAACAGGAACAAAUCAGCACAGAGCACUUUUAUACUACAUGUUAUGUAUGGUCCUAGAAACACGUCAGUAUCGGCGUCUCCAUCUGCUUCAGUGCUUUUGGGCAGUUCAGUGUCUCUGAGAUGCAGCAGUGAUGCAAACCCAGCAGUGCUGAACUACACCUGGUACAGAGAGAACGGAGAGCAGAUAGGAACCGGAAACCAUCUCACCAUCAACACCACUGAUUCUACACACAGUGGUCUAUACUACUGUAGAGCUCAAAACCAGCACGGAGAUCACACCUCAUCUGUCCUCCUGGAUGUUCUGUAUGGUCCUAGAAACACGUCAGUAUCAGCGUCUCCAUCUGCUUCAGUGCUUUUGGGCAGUUCAGUGUCUCUGAGAUGCAGCAGUGAUGCAAACCCAGCAGUGCUGAACUACACCUGGUACAGAGAGAACGGAGAGCAGAUAGGAACCGGAAACCAUCUCACCAUCAACACCACUGAUUCUACACACAGUGGUCUAUACUACUGUAGAGCUCAAAACCAGCACGGAGAUCACACCUCAUCUCUCCUCCUGGAUGUUCUGUAUGCUCCUCAGCUCUCCUCCAGCUGUAACACCACUCAGGAUUUGAUCGGGUGUUUCUGUGAGGUUCAUGGAAAUCCGUCUCCUAAACUGGAGUGGCGUGUCUCUGGUCAAACUGUCUCUCCCUCUGACAGCAUAUCCAUCUGGGCUGAGUCAGCGAGUAACAACACCUUGAGAAGCUUUAUCUCCAUCAGUCCACCAGUUAACGUCACGCUCACUCCACAAUGUGUCGGCACCAAUAAGCUAGGCGUCACCUCACAAGUCUUCUUCUCCAUUUUGAACAAGGCUCGGUGCUCUGAUGGAGGUGCAGGUGUGGAUAUUUCCUCCGUGCUGAUUGGUGCUGCUGUUGGAGCUUCAGUAAUGAUGAUGCUGUGUGGUGUAUUCCUGUGUGCAAGGAAAGCGAGUCCUUCGCGGUCUGGACCAGGAGACCCAGCAGGACUCGACACGAAGGCUGAUUAUCAGGUCGAGGAUGAAGAGUCUGUGUAUGCGAACAAAACUGUUUUAUCAGAGUCACUUCAUUACUCCACUGUCGUGUUUCCCAACGGAGAUGGAAGUGAAAUCAGAGGACUUUCCAAGCUCACUGAUGACUACGCCAUCAUCCGUCACAGCUCCGAACAUCUAACCGAAGGAAGAGUUACAGAACCAGCCAUCGAGGAAGUCCAGGAAGAAAACGGGACAAAUAUGGAACAAGAGGAGGCAACUUACGGAAACAUCACACGUCCCCUGAUGAUGGAGCAAACGCAUUUGGAUUUAGAGGAAGAUGGGAAUAAUGGAAUAAAACCAUCACAGAUUCAAGAAAGAGAUUCAGCUCAACUCAUUCACUCAGAUAAGGCUGACUGAUCAUUUAUUGUCUAAAAAGCCUGCUCAGGGCGGGGGCUGGCACGUGGCUUAUUCGUUAGCAUGUUUGUUUCACACCCCCCAGGUUGGGGACUCAAUUCCCGGCUCCAUCCUGCGUGCAUGGAGCUUGCAUGUUCUCCCCUGGCCUACAAAGAGCAAAAUUUAUAUACAUGUGUGAUAAAUACCUGUUUAUAUAAACACCUUAAAACCAUCAUAGUUUCACACACAAGUGCACUUAUUGCAUAUGUUUAUUGCUUUUGGGAAAAAGAUUCAAGUUUAAACUGAUCAUCUGCACAAGCAAAAGUUGUUGUUGUUGCUUUCAGCGUUUAGUUCUCUCAGUCCUGCUGACAAAAACAAACAAAAACAUUGGUUUUAUUUUCAUGAAAAUAAAUGUUGAAAAGAUUUACAAGUAUUUUUUUAUUAUAUGUUUAUAUACACGUUGCCAGUUUGUUGGGUAUACCAGUCUAUUCACAAAUAAAUGGUAAGCUCAGCGUAAAUUUCUAUAAUAAUUUAUGUUUAAUAAAUAAUUUUAUGUUCAUUAGUAUGAGUGCUACAUUUUAAUAUAUCUUCUUAUCUUUAUCUUUAUAUUUCUAUAUAAUGUGUUUUGUACUUGCUUUGGUUAUUGAUAUCUAUCUUCAGAUGUAAUGAAAAGAAAUGUCAUGCUUUUGUUCUAGUUUUGUACAAUUCUGCUUUGUAAUGUAGAAUUUGAUUUAAAAAAAUCUUAAUACCUGUAUUUUAAAAUGACAUCGAACUAUAAAUGAUGGUAAAUAAAGUGACAUUUUCUUUGGA